AUGCCCGAGCCGGAGAACCAGGAGCUUCCUCCACAAAAGCUCCACUAUCUUCGUGAGCACGCGCCGCUUCUCGAAGACGAGCCAUUCUACGCCAACUACGCCCCAAAUGUCCCAAUAGCCAUUGAUCUUGGGUCUGCCAACGUCAGGGUGGGACUCACCAAUGCCACUACGCCACACAACGUGUUCCCCACACUUGUAGCAAAGCACAGAGACCGUCGAACAAACGUUAACUUGACACUUGUCGGAAACGACAUUUUCAGAGAAGCUCCAUAUUUCUCCACUUUACGGUCCAAUGCCAAAUCUCCCUAUGAUGGACCGCUCAUCACCAAUUGGGAGUAUAUUGAGAAUAUUCUCGAUUAUCUGUUUGAGCACUUAAGUGUAACUUCACAGAAUGGAAGACUCAACAAUCCAAUUGUCAUGACGGAACCUUUGGCAUGCCCUCAGAGCCAGAGGAAAGGCAUGUAUGAGCUCAUAUUCGAGACUUAUCAGGCCCCCAAAAUGGCCACAGGUAUCGACUCGUUGUUCUCGUACUACUACAACUCGCCAAAAAGAGAUGGUUUGGUGGUGAGUGCUGGAAAUGAGCUGACUCAUAUUAUUCCACUCUUACUGGGCCAGGGAAUUCUCCUGAACAGCAAGCGGAUCGACUGGGGAGGCAGCCAGCUGGCUCAGUUCAUGCAAAAGAUGCUAGCACUCAAGUAUCCCUACUUUCCCUCGCGACUCUCGAAGGACCAGACCACUCAUAUUCUCCAAGACCAUGCGUAUGUUCUGAAGGACUACGCAACAGAGUUGGCCGAAUACUUGAGCAUGGACAAACUUGAGAAAAAUGACGUUGUCAUACAGGCGCCAGUGGAAAUUGCGCCAGAAAAGGCCAAGAAGUCUGACGAGGAAUUGGCUCGCCAGGCUGCGAGAAGAAAAGAGCAGGGUAAGAGACUUCAGGAGCAAGCGCAGAAAAAACGCUUGGAGAAACUCAUACAAAAGGAACAGGAACUUGAAUACUACCUGCAACUUCAAGAGACGUUGUCGGGACUUAGCAAGGCUGAGGCCGAGAGAAGAGCACAAGCUGAGGAAUUUGAAAGUGUAUCCGAUUUGCACAAGUAUGUUGACAACCUCGAGAAAUCGCUCAAAAAGGCUCGUUCUCAGGAUAUCGAGGCUCCUGAUGAAGAAGUGGAUCCUGCAACUGCAUGGCCCCUUGUGGACAUUCCAGACUCGGAGUUGAGUGAGGAGGACGUCAAGGAGAAACGUAGACAGAAGCUUCUCAAGGCAAACUACGAUGCCCGCAUGCGAGCAAAGGAAGAGAAGGAGAAGGAGGAACAGGAGAAAUUGAAGUACCAACAGGAACAGGAGGAAUGGCGUAAACGUGACUUGGACGACUGGUGCACAUCCAAGAGACUUGAAUUGGCACAACACAUUGCCCAAUUUAAGAAGCGGGCCAAACUCAUGGAAGCUAUGAAGGACAGAAAGUCUAUGGCUGCCCAAAAACGUAUGAAGAGUAUAGCUGACUUGGCGAACGACCUGACCAGUUCGACCACUGCGGCUUCGAGAAAGCGCAGAAGAAACGCUAAUGUGACAAUUGAUAAUGAUCCCAACGAUACUUUUGGAGCAAAUGAUGACGACUGGAAUGCCUACAGAGAUAUUAGUAGUGCAUCCUUGGAGGAGGAACAGGACGAGACCAAUGCAGAAAUCUUGCUGAUUGAAGAGGAAUUACUCAAGUAUGAUCCAGAUUUCCACCACGAAGACACAUUCGCUGCAUCAGAGUCGUUUGACUGGAAGAAUCUGGUGUUGCACAAGUUCAUUCAUGGACCGAGACAGAGCUUGACGCUAGCAAUGCAAGCCGAGGGCCACGAUCCUGACGAAUUGCUUAACCAUCCAGAAAUUAUUCGCCGUAACCACCAGCUUCACAUCAACAUCGAGAGAAUCAGAGUUCCUGAAGUUUACUUCGAGCCACAUAUCGCCGGCCUUGAUCAGGCAGGUAUUCCAGAGAUCAUCCAAAACCUCUUAUUCCGUAACUUCGACGGCAACUUCAAUGUUGGUGGCCAGCUGAGAGCUAUGAUCGAGAAUGUGUUUGUUACUGGAGGCUCGUCACUUCUCCCCAACUUUACUGAUAGAUUGUCAUCGGAAUUGACUAGUUUAUUGCCUUACGGAUCGCCUCUUAACGUCUACAGAGCACAGGACCCUAUACUUGAUCCCUGGAAAGGCAUGCAGAAGUGGGCAAACUCGCAAGAUUCAUCCAACUCGUACGUGAGUAAGGAGGAAUACGAGGAAAUGGGUCCCGAGUAUAUUAAGGAGCAUGGACUAGGCAACGCCACUCUCCGAGGCUUGUAA